AAGGAGAAAACUAACGCAAGCCCAACAUCGAUCUUUGCUUACUUGAACGCGCGCCCCAAUCAGUAGCCACAAGCCACAAUCAGUAGCAAGUCAGUACUGCUCUCCAAGAAAGAACAUGGCCUCUACCACUAGCAGCAGUAGGAGCAGCAGCAAGAAGCUGCGUAUCCUGCUCAUCCCCUUCUUCGCGACCAGCCACAUCGAGCCCUUCACCGACCUCGCCCUGCGCCUGGCCGCGGCGGCUAACCCCGGCGCCACCGUAGAGGCGACCGUCGCCGUCACGCCGGCGAACGUCCCCAUCGUCCGCUCCUUGCUCGAGAGGCGUACGCAUGACGCAGCCGGAUCUGAGGGCAUGCCUGUCAAGAUAGCGACGUACCCGUUCCCGGCCGUGGACGGCCUCCCGAGGGGCGUCGAGAACCUCGGCAAGGCCGCGCCGGCCGACUCGUGGCGCAUCGACGCCGCCGCCGUCAGCGACGCCCUGAUGCACCCCGCGCAGGAAGCGCUCGUCAGGGAGCAGUCCCCGGACGCGCUCGUCACCGACCUGCACUUCGUCUGGAACGUCGGCGUCGCCGAGGAGCUCGGCGUGCCGUGCGUCAGGUUCAGCGUCAUCGGCGCCUUCUCGUCGCUCGCCAUGCGCCACCUCGAGCUCCUCGCAUCGGACGUCGCCGGCGGCGACCCCGACCCCGACGUCGUCGCCGUGGUCCCUCGGUUUCCGGGCCCUCCGGUACGGAUGCCGAGGACCGAGCUGCCGGAGUUCCUGAGGAGGAAAGCGGAGGUGGAUUGCUCCACGACAAACCCCUUCUACGCGGCGCAAGCUGACUGCUUCGGCCUCGCCGUCAACACAUUCUCGGACCUGGAGCAGCACUACUGCGAGAUGAACACGCGCCAAGGCUACGUGAAGCGCGCCUACUUCCUGGGGCCUGUCUCGCCGCGGCCAUCACCGGCAGCCGUGGGCGCCGGCGGCGGCGGUGGCUGCACCGACUGGCUUGACUCGAAACCAGACCGCUCGGUGGUGUACGUGUGCUUCGGCAGCCUCGCCCCCGUCUCGGACGCCCAGCUGCGCGAGCUUGCUCUCGGGCUGGAGGCGUCGGGAAGGCCGUUCCUGUGGGUGGUGAGGGCGGAGAAGUGGACUCCGCCGGAGGGAUGGGAGGAGCGUGUCAGAGGCAGGGGGCUGAUGGUCACCACCUGGGCCCCGCAGACGGCUAUACUGGGGCACCAGGCGGUGGGCGCGUUCGUGACCCACUGCGGGUGGAACUCGGUGCUGGAGACGGUCGCGGCGGGCGUGCCGGUGAUGACAUGGCCGCUGGUGUUCGAGCAGUUCAUCACCGAGAGGCUGGUCACGGAGGUCCUCGGGAUCGGGGAGCGGCUGUGGCCUCAUGGCGCCGGCGUACGGAGCACGAGCUGUACAGAACACGAGCUAGUCCCCGCCGAAGCUGUGGCGCGGGCGGUGACGGCGUUCAUGGCCCCUGGAGGACCAGGGGACGCGGCGAGGGGCAGGGUGAUGGACCUCGCCGCAAAGGCUCACGCUGCCAUGGCAGAAGGAGGCUCCUCACGCUGUGAUCUUCGGCGUCUGGUCGAUGAUCUCGUGGAAGCAAGAAGAGCUGCUGGAGGGAUCAAGUCAGUUCUGGCACCCAUUGAAAAUCCAUUCCAUGUUUAAUGUCUAUCUACACCUUGAUGGUGUCAUGGACAUGUGGCACCAUCUGUUUAUUCGACUUUUUUUUUUGAGAAAUUGUUUAUUCGACAUUUGCCCUUGUAGAGUUUCCCCGCCUCUCAUUUCUUCACCGCAGUUGUAUGACAAGUUCGUUCAAUUUCCCGGCUGUUCAAAUUCACACUUGAAUUUUUUUUCUUCUUGUGCACAAACGACUUUUCUAAAAUCAAAGAGCACGUCAUCGCCAUGAAUUUCGGAACACUGUUGACUAAAUCGAUCAUGGACUGAAACCAUACGCAUCACACGUUUGACAGACAUGCAUGUUCACAACAUAAAAUUGUCUCCGUGUUAGAAAAGAGCAUAAAAUUGUUUAUUAC